GGGCACUCCUUUGGACGCUUCUCAGAAUUUAGCGUAGCGACCUUUUCCCAAGCUUUUCUUUGCGGAGGACGACAACUCAAGCGCCAGACUCUGUGCUUAAAAAUGAAAUCUACCAUGAAAUGCCGGCAUGUAUUAGAUGUUCUUCUCAUUGUUGUUGUCCAAUGGCUGUGCUUGGCUAGAGCGUCACACUUCCGGCAUGGAAACAUCGCCUGGGCUCCUGUCGACUCCUCCAGUGACACGGUAGGAUGUACACUGCCUUACACUCCACAUCAAUGUUUUAUCGUUAACCCACAUGAGUUUCUUAAAUGUGCCUCGGGACAAAAACUGAGUCAUCAAAAAGCAACUCCAUGUAACUCCAUCGACGUCUUUCUUGACGUUGAGUUACUCUUUUUAAAGGAAAAAUUUACUGUGCUGUGCAGUUUAAACAAAAGGCAUUGUUAUAUUCCUAGACUUUCACUCAAUUAAACAGGGACUGCCAUUGGUUGAUUCCUGGUCACGUGACCUUCACUAAAAUCAAAUGUAUCCCGAUCGUGAUACAUUUGAGCAAAACCCGCUCGGGAUACAUUACAGCACGUGAUCAAAGCAUGGUGGAAAGUGGUGUGACAGAAGACGAGAAAAACACUGCCAGUGUUUUUUUUUUCGUGAAUGAGCACAACACAAACACAAAGCCUCAAGCUAAAAAGCGCAACGAUUUUUAAAAUUAUCCCAGAAGAGAAACAGCAGCUAGUAGAGGAAAAACAUGUAGAUAGUGUAAGGAAAGUACUUUGUAAAUCAUUCAUUCAGUGGUUUUGAGAAUUAAAUUUGUGUUGUUAUAAGUACCGAGUCGACUGUUUUGAUUCGCUCCGGUUAUUCUUUUGUUGCUGUUGAAGUGAAAGUCUAGGAAAAUAACAAAACACUUAAUGUCCGGUCCCUCAGGAAACCAGUUAGUUUUGUUUUCCCUGGAGUCCAGGUGUUUCCUGCGACUUCGUCUCGGGAAACAUCAGGAAUCUCGGGAAACAAAACUAACUUUUUCCCUCGGGAUCUGACAUUAAGUGUAUAAUGUGCGCGGUCUAGCAAUAUGUUCGCAACCUCAAGAAAUAUUAAAACAUUUUACUCUUUCUAUCUCUGUAAAUGGAAAGUAUAGCCUAGCAAACCCCCUACGAUUUGUAUGUGGAGCUACUAGUUUUAAGUCACAGUUAAAUAACUCCUUACCAUUUUCUACUUAAUUCCCCGAACAAACUUUUUUUGAAGAGAGAAGAGAGGAGGUGGGGAAUUCAAUCAUUCAUAAUUUCUUGAAGGUUACUAAAGAGCUUGUUAUAGGCCUAUAUAUUUAUUAGCAUAAAAAUGGAUUAACCCUCAAAGAAGAAAAAAGCGAUGUUCUGUAACCUAUAAGGGAAACAUAAAUCUAUCUAUUUUAGCUCCAUUUUUACAUGUCUCUUCCAAGAACUGACAGAGGAUCACUCCUAUCUCUACCUCUGUAAUUAUGAAAUGUCCAAUCAUCUUAUUACUUGUUAUAAGCUAGGCUAAGGAAUCAUUUGAAUCAAAACAAAGACCAAGUUGGUUGGCUAUUAAAACUAUUAAGAAGACCCUCAUGCUGGUGGGAAAUAGUAGUUAAUGCGUGCAUGACAAUAUUUUCUGAAAAAAGUUUUAUUGUUCUCUUGGAUCGGUGCCCGACGAAAGGCUAGGCUAUUUAUAGAAAAACGAUACCGUAGCUUGUGACAGUCUUCUUUUUUCAUUGAAACGCGCUCAUAUUGCAUUCAUUUGCAAAUGAUAUUGCACAAAGUGUGUAAUUUUUAUAUCAAAACGUACACGAGUACUUUUUCAUCAAAUCGGAGCAAAUCAAGAGCAAACGCCUGGCAAUAGACUUUGUGCAGUAUUUUUUUUUAGUUAAUCCUAUCAUAUUAAUUGAAUGUCAUGUGUAAUGUAAACAGGAUAUAAAGCAGGAGAUGCUUAAUGUGAUGUUUCCAGACAGUUUUUUUUUUUUUUAAAUGUUUUCUCAAGUUUACAUACCACAUAAACAUAGACAUCCCACGGCUUGCGAGAAACAAAGCAAAUUGUUCUUGCCACUUAAAAGACAUUUGGAGCACACUAUAUUCUAGUCUCUUGAAAAGGCGUUUUGGGAAUGCAUCGAUACUCUAUUCGGACUUGAUAUAGCGACAAGUUAAUUUUUUUCGACAGAUAACAAGAAUAUUCAUGAACAACGCUUAAACAGGCGCCUUAAAGUCAAUAAAGUUGCCACGUUUUAAAGUCAAAUGUUGAAAAUUAUCAAUCAAUCUGGAAAGUCGCGGAACUCUUUAAGACGUUUGUCAGUUCCCUUUCUGCGCUACGUGGGGGUAAAGUUUACCGAACAAACGUAAAUUUUCCAACAUACAGUUCGCAUCAGAGUUCGCAUAUACCACGGAAUGUAAAUAAUAAGAACAAUAAGAACAACAAUGGCGGCUCCAAGCGGGAGAUAACAAAAAAAGCUUUUCAUUCAGUUAUUCUGACAAAACUGAUAUAACUUUAGGUGCACUUGAGUUAUUUCCUGCUUUGCAAUUUAUUCAAAGCAAAUGCAAAACAUGCGUAAGACAGAUGUAAAAAAUUCUAAUAAAAAAUGCCUUCAUUUAAAAUUUAAUCACCUCUAUCCUUUUUUUUUCUUUUUUUUUUUUCUUUUUUUGCGCUUCCUGCAUUAUAUGAAUAACCAUCAAUAAAAAAGUCAACAAAUUGAAUUUAAAAUUAGCCUUUUUAAUUCUGAGUGCCAGGAGCGUAGCUGUCUUUAAGCCAUUAACUUCCCCAAGGUCCCCAAAAUUUUGGGCUAAAAUGAGCUUUUGCAAAAACAAAAUGUUUAAUAGGGUGCGACAUUACACCUACAGUUUAAUACAUGCACUUGUCUAUAUUACCCUGCUGUGUAGGCGUAUUUUGGGCGACGACAUGAAGCUGCUUGUUUGUGUUCGUAUUGUUGUAGCCACCAUUUUUUGAUUUUAUGACAGAGGAAGGUUGGAGAGAGUAGGAAUAGCAACCUUUAGGUUGGGGUGGGUGCUGAUUCGCCCAUUUCCUCCUCUCUUUUGCCGGAGUUUCAAGAAGGUGCUUUCGUGAACAAAAACAUCCGCAUGACGGCCAAAGAAAACGCCUACACUGCAGGCUAUAUAAAUAAUUCAAAAUUGGGAAAUAAAUUUGUCGCUGAACGCCAUCUCGGUUUUUCAAUGAAGAUUCGUUGUAGCAAUGUACCCUUUGUUUACUCUGAUUACCUGCUAGAAUAAUUUAGGUUAAAAAUCAAUCGUUGUUUUUGAAGAUCACGGCUCCUGAACACCUAGUAGAAUUUUUUAUUUUUUUUCAUGUUUGUUUUUGUUUUAAUGUGUUUUGCACUUCUUAUUGCUGGGACUACUCUAAGGAAUUUGCCUCACUUUAAAAUAUUAAGUUGCCAGUUAGGGACAGACCAUUAUUUUUUGACUGGAGGGUGGGGAGGGUGGUCUUGAUCGCCUCACCUGGAGACACGACUCAAUCCUUAACUUCAUUGCCAAGUCACUACAACCCGUAAUUAAUGUUCACUCUUCACUCUAUGCCGAUGUUAAUGGUUUUCUGAAUCCUUCAAUAAUAACUGGUGAAAAUUAUCGUCCAGAUCUUCCUUUCGUAAUUCAGUCCAAGUUUCAGUAUGUUCUAGGAUUAACAGUUGGUUUCACGUCUAACCUUAAUAACAAUGCAGCGCGUUAAAAAGAAAAAUACUAUUCUUGAUCAAAGAAAUGAGCAGAAAUUACAGAUGUGUGAAAUUUGUAAACUGCUCCAUGAGCUCCCUUGGCGUUUUCUCCGACGAAUGCUCCACGUUCUCAGACAUGAUGAAUGACAUUGGCAUUGACAUGCAAAAAGCGGCAACAUUAUAUAACCAAAAAAAUGAUAAAUAUAGCCAUAAGAGCAACAUAUUACAUCUUUUGUUGUAGAAAUAGUAAUUGGGAUAGCCCAUGAAUUAAUGAAAUUUUGAUUUUUUUUUUUAAUAAUUCAAUCUCAAGAAGCCAAUUUUAAAUUGUCUAUACGUAGCGAGAUUUACAAUUGUACAUUCAAAAAUAAAAUAAAGCUUCCAUUAUUAUUAUUAUUAUUAUUAUUAUUAUUAUUAUUAUUAUUAUUAUUAUUAUUAUUAUUAUUAUUAUUAUUUACCUACUAAGCCUACGCAAAACAACCAGACGUCCACCAUUCGGUGAUCACAGCCAGAGCUCUCGAUCAGCGGCUCUGAUUGAAAUGAUCGCAAGAAACCAACCUUUUGGCUAUUCGGACCAAAAACACACCAAUGACCUUUGAACCUUGGUAUUUGCUUCUUAAGGUAUUAACAAUGACAUUAUGCCUUUGGUCCGACUUUGGUUUUUUCUCAAAAAGAAAUCACCAAUUAACCCAUCCGAAACUCAAACACAGAGUAGAUGGCCUUUAAAAUAAUAGAUUUAGUAGAAGAAUCAUUGAAGAAUAUUUAUUGCAAAAAAAAUUGUGAAGACGACCGAUUCUGGAGAGUUCUCUGGAGAUUCCACAAUAAAACCAUUUUGCAAGCUUAAAAUUGCACAACUUAUUUUUGUUUGUUUCACUCAAACCUUGGCUAACCUUCAGCCAUGAAAAUCCGUUCUAUCCUGUUACAAAACCUCUUUUUUCUCUUAUGACAAUGCGGCUUUUAAAACUGCAUAUUCACUGGGUCAUUAGAUAAAUAUACGGAUUGUUCGACCAUGAUUAUUAUAAACCUGACAUUUUUCAAUCAUUGUUAUUAGUUAUAAUUUUACUACUAUAUAACAGAGGGACGUAUCGUGUCCUUUUCAGUACAAAUCGUAAAAGUAUAAACAUGUUAGUUUCCUUCUUUGUUACCAGAUCCGUUUUACCUUUCGUCUGGCUUUCCGAAGAUCGUAUUCGGCCUCCUAUUACUGUGAUCAAAAUACCAUAGGCAAUGGAAGUCUUCUUGGAUCAGGAGGUUCAUGGAACGCCAAGUGUAAUUAUUGCUCAUCAACCACUAUUGCAAGCACUGGUUUUCACUGUACAGACUACAGUAGCAACGAGGAUUGGUCAAUGGGUGAAAAUAACUUCAACUACACUUUCUCAUUCUACGAUAGAUGGGUUGUAAGGUACAUUCCUCUAUUUAGUGUGUUUCUUUUUUUAUCUUACGACCUCAGUUUCAAAAUCAUAAAUGACUUAUACCAUGAUCAUUCAUUUUCAUACAAAAUGUGAUAAUCAACUUAUUUCAAAACAAGUUGCACAAGAUGCGAUUCAGUGUCAGCAUCCGACCUAGGUCUUUCUAUCAAGUGUAUUUUUUAGUGGUUCUCUCGUCUUGUGUCAUAAUGAUGGCGAUCCAGUGCAGGAUCAUGACAUUUUAUCUGAUAUACUGCAUUUUGUUAUAGCUAUGGUGGGUGUUGUUGGAUAUCCUUGUCCCGGUAUGGGAAUGGCAAUUGGCUUGUAUCGACCACCGUUAAUCUGACCAGAAGGUCAGAUAAUGGGAGAAUUAACUCGUCUCCUGUAUCAAGAAGCCCCGCUAUUGUUCGCUGGUCAGAAGGCUGUCCCAGUCAAUCUCUAAGGAUCCCUGUAGAAGACGCCGACGGAGAUGUGGUUAAAUGCCGCUAUGCAAAAUACUCCGAGUCCUACUUUUACACCAAUAGUUUUCCAUAUGGCACACUUGAUGAGGUAGUUAGUCAUUUCUGUGUUAAUUGUCUGUACAACUUGUUUCUACCCGCGGUAUGGUUGUUUUGCAGGGUUUCUUUAUCCCCCGAAUUCGCAGAUCAAAUUGAACACUGAGUAUCUUUAUAAAGCGAAACAAAUGAGAAUUCAGAAAUACAAUUGUAAAAGUUAGGUCGGGAGAGUUCUCUCAUGACCGUCGUCGGUAUUUAUUAGGGAGCUUAAGCAACGCGGGCGACGGCGACGGCGACGGCAACGGCAACGAAAACGUGACUUAAAAAGUGAAUUCGCACUGCUUCAAUUUUUGUCGCGCUUAUUCCAUCUCGUUUAAUUCGUCAAAUGUAAUGGCAAAUUUUGUCGGGGUGGAAUUCUAAAGGACUGUAUUAAAGUUCAGGAAAAGAAAAAGAAAGUUGUUGUCUCUUGUGUUCCCGUCCUCGACAAAACGUGAAAUUAGGCACUUUCACGUUGUAGUCGUGCAAUGACGGCUAGGAAAUGUACAAAAAGCGUGAUGCACGUGCAAACUUGCUGUUUUGCUAAUCUAAACCAAUUGCUUUUUAUUUUUUGCCGUUCUCGUUGCCGUCGCCGUCGUCGUUGCCUAUGAGCUCCCUAUUGUUGAAACCAUGCAACUUUAAUGACGCCAUUUCUUGUAACCAUAUCCUUCAAUUUUCCACUGACCCACCCCGGCUUCUUGUCCUUCUCACCGGGGAGAGUAGCAUUAGUCUAUCUGCUAAUCUUCAUAUUCUGAAUUACCGUUAUUAUCAUUUAAUAAAUUUUUUCCUCUUUUGCAGAAAAACUGUUUGUUGACGUAUAAUGGCAACGGAACGGCUGGUACUUACGCUGUUGCACUGACCUUAGAGGACUUUCCAGCAGGAACUACAAACUUUGACAGCAUUACUCCAUUCAGUGCGGUGGGGCUGCAGUUUCUUGUCAUAAUAAGCAGCCGUUCUGGUUCUUGUAACAAUGUUCCUGUAUUUACUCCUUUAACUCCAAACGAUGGAGAAUGCACCGAAGUGCAGAUUGGUUCAUGGUACAGAGCUGUCAUUGAAGCCACACUUGCAGACUAUUCAAAAAGGUCACCAAAUUUUACCAUUUUACUUCAUUUGGAUAAAUAUUUAAAGUAACGGUCUGUGUUAAAAACAAAUGACUUAUCUCUUUGUGUCCAUAACUCAAACCCGUUAUGCCGGUGAAGCAAUUAAGGUUUUUGUGCCCCUCUAGAUUGCAAAGAAGCCAGUCUUAAGGUGGCUGAACACAGUUUUGCGGGCGGUCAGCGGUAACUCGCUUGACGGCGUGUGUUUUAAAUUACACAAACAAACAUAGUGGCGAAAAAAGGAAUGGUACAAAAAAUGACGAUUUCUCAAAAUCUACUCAUUGAAAUUUUGUAAUAUUUGGCAGAAUUUUUACUUUUAUCGUAUUUUGAAUAAUGAGAAUUAAAAAAAUGGAAGUUGAGCAGACGAAUUUUGUGACACAUUUAAUAAUUACAGUACAAUUAUAUUAUUGAUUAUCCAAAAACCUGUCUGUGAAAAAUUGGUCAAAUAAGUUUCAAAUGGUAAUGUUUAAUUAUAGUAAGCUGUGUGCAAGUUUAUAGGAAAAUCUAAUGAGCGAAUUUUAUGUAAACUGAGCAAAAGUGAAAUUUUAAGGUUGUAUUCAAUGGUCCAUGUUGCCAUGGAAACUACGCGAACGUCACAUUUUACCUGUCAAUCAAAAUCUUUCAUCAGCAUAUAUUUCACUGACCAAGUUUCAGCUUGUGAGCUGCAACCUUUGUCUUGCCAUUAUUUGGCAAAUGACAUAUAUACUCACAAACUGCCAAAACUGUGUUCAGCCACCUUAAUGUAGUCAAACUUGGCUUUUGUUGUUUUAUUAUUAUUAAUAUUAAAUUCGUCAAUUCUUGGCAGGAUCACCGCAAUAGCAUAGCCCCAGUUACUGCGCGGGGCCACUAACAGUCCCUCCCCAUAUAAGAGAUAGACUACCACACCGGGACUACGUCCCCUACUCUUCAUGAUCAGUGUGUGGGUUCAUUAACGUCCCAACAAGGGUUGGGAGACAGGGCCUACAGUUUAUCGUCCUUAUCUGAGAAAGAAAGAAAGUCUAACCGUUGUACAUGUCUUUACAAAGGCAGCACUUUCUCCUCAGUUUAUUAAUGACCCUGGGUGUUGGUCCGACCGGGGUUUCAACCAGCAGCCUCCCGCUCGGCAGACCGGCGCUUAUUUAACGGAGCUAACCGGGCGAUAACUACCAACAUUCAACUGAUAGUACUCACUGUCUGUGGGCCUGAAGAGCUCCUAAAUUGAUGCAGAUCUAUAUGAACUAAUUGAAAUAUAAAAAGAUUGUCGUUCAGGUUAUCGCGAUCAGAAACUAACCAACACAUGUAAAGAUCGACUAACGCGUUGCUGUAAAUUCUUAACUCUUAUUUCAUUUUGAAAUUUCAGCAUUGUGGAGAUAGUGACUUCGUCUCCACCUGGAAUGCAAUUUACUUCUUUAACUUUCCAUGGAGGAGUCUAUUACAGAAAUGUCACGUGGUACCCCAGCCAAUAUCAAGUAGGACAGCAGUCGUUUUGCUUCAAAGCAGUUGACUCCUCGGGGUGAGAUGGCGAAAAAAUAGUUACUUGACUAACUGACUGAUAUAGGACGAAUAGUUAAUAGAAUACAUGUAGAAUAAUAUUAGGUGUUUGCGCGAGAUUUUCCAGCAAAAUUUAUUAAGUGUACGGUAUUAAUGAGCUUUUAGAACUGAUAUUUUGUCCCAGGAAGAUGAAUAAAUUUCAGGCAUUGGAUGAAAUUCGGAAAUUCCUGGAAAAUUUAGUAAGAAUUGGAAUCGAUUUCUUUUAAAUGAGCACUUUGCUUUUAGCAUUACUGAUUAUUCAGUCUGUCAACUUAAUUUCGUAUGACUUUAUGAUCUUCUUUGUGAGGUUCAUCUUAAUUUAACGCUUAUACGUUGCCUUGCCAGAUUUUGUUUAUAACAUUUAGCUUAAACAUUUACUUGGUCUAGAGAAAUGUUUUUGCCUUGUUAUGGGUGUUAAAAGGUAACAAGGUUCAUCUCAUGAUCAGCAAUGCAAUGGAAUAUCGACUACGUUUCUGACGUUUGGCCCAGUAUAGCGGCAUAGUCCUGUAAUAGGACUGUUGCUGACAGUGGCUACUACUUAUGAAAUGACUCCUGGGCUCAAACCUUUCCCGAUGUUGCAUUGUAAACGUUGCACAAUCAGGAUACAAUUUUUACAUUAAGGAAUGCUUAUUCUUUUCUCCCUUUUUCUCGUAGCAUGGGAACUGAAUGGCGCUGCGUAACUGUUCUCGUGGGAAUAAGUAAGUCAACCUUUUAAUCGUCGGUCGUAAUAGUAAAUCGAACCUCAAGCACGAUUGUACAAAAGCAGAAGCGAUGCUAAAAGAUUGCUUAUCGUGAGGUUCUCUUUUAAACGCGGUCCAUUAAUUACCGGCACAAAAUGGUAUUGGGUUCACACAUUGAGUACCCGAUAUGUAACUGUGUAGAUAGUCACUCCAUUUCACCUUUUCAGGCGCCGUUUUGAAACAUAAGCUUAGCAGCGAGUACAUCUAGUACAAAACGGUGGACUGCCCCAGAACUAACAAAAACGGUAUACAGACGGUGUCUACUUUUGUACCCGAGGACAAGAUCUCGACCUCGGGCACUUUACAAGUGCCGUAAUUCUAGAGGGGUACUUGAAAAAAGGGCGGUUCACAUUUAUUUAGUGCUCAGCCAGUACCGUUGGCACUGUGCCCGGGCACCAAUUGUGAACGCUGCUUCACAUAACGCAAAUGUUAUCUAACGGCCGAAUAGAUGGGGAUGGUGAGGAACGUCUAGAAUUGUGUUUUACACAUAGCAUUGAUUUGCUGAGAUUUUUUGUUGCUAUUGCUGACGCACAAAUUUUGUUGAGUUUAUUUUACUAUUAUUUCAAAAAGAGCUGAAUUAUUUUCUAAUUAACAAUUAUUCCUUGAAAUCGAGGUGAAUAGUGGCUGUUAUUUACCCAGCCGCGAAAGCGGCGAGGUAAAUAUUCCUAAAGCCACUAUAUUCACCGACAUUGAAAAGAAUAAUUGUUUUAGUAUAUACACACUAACUGAUCUCAACAAAAUCGGAGAGCAAACCAUUAAAAAGUACGAUUUGAUUGACAGAUCAAAUCACGCGAAAGUUUAAACAAAGAUCUUUGUAGAAUUCAAACAUGGCAAUUCACAAGCUUAUCACUUCGCAAACGACAGCGUAAUGGCUUUAAUGAAACCGUUAAAAGUUUGAAUUGUUUCCUUACCCGAGAAGAAAAGAGCUUUGUUGUUUUCUGUUGACUCGCCAAGUUUAUAGCUGAAAAGGUUUGUUGUGUCGUUCUUCGCAUGAAGUGCUUACAAAAAUGGGGGCUCGGUUCCUCGAGGUAAGACUUCGUCUUCAUGUAGCAUUCUUUGUCCUAUUUACCUGAAACGUAGAAUUUCUGCAAACAAAUUUGUUUGUCAUAAAUAGACUUCGAUUUUCGGGCCAAAUUUUUCUUGUUAGGAAACGCUGAGUUCUCGAAACGGCCUCUUCUACGCGAAUAAACGGGAGUUGAAAACAAUCCAUCGACCACAAAACUCAGUUACAGUAAAUGGAAACACGCCGUUUAAUUUUGAAUCCUUCGAAGUCUUUUCUUGCCCCAAAAAAGUCAACCCUAGGAUUUUGUCGACUUUUAAAAGAUCGUUCUCUAAAAAAAUGGGAAAAACACCGAGCUCACACAUUAUCCACUCGCUAGGAGGUGAAUAUUGUUGAAUAGUCUGAGAUAGCUAACCAAGAUUGCUUAAAUGACCAAGAUCACUGAGUGUGUACAUACUAAUUGUAGGUAGUACACCUCGAGUCAUUUGGGGAAGCCAGACUCCACAAAGUCCCCUCAAAAACAGCGGGCCGGGUUAUAUAUGGUGGAGCAUACAGUUUGAUCGCGUGGUAAGUACAGCAUUCUGAUUAACGUUCUAAAUUGUUGGUUGAAAUACUGAUAAGCUUGGCAUAGUCCUCCUUUAAUUUAUUUAACAAGCAUUAGCAUCCUCAUCAUUUCAUAAAUAAAAUGUUUAAAACAGAAUAUUGGCCAAGUUUUAGACCAUAUUUAUGAGCAAACUUAACCAGUGUGGUAAGUAAAGGGUUUAUUAUGUACAAAAGACGCCCUUUUCAGAAAAAAAUCGAGCGAUUCCGAACGAGUGUCUCGCCCGCUCGUAGCCAAUUCGAAAACAGAUUCGCUUAAUCUUGCAUGCUCACAUAACAAAGCCAGCUGUUGACGUAUUUUUUGGUUAAAAAUCUAGAUAAAGAAGCCUCGCACUUCUUCCUACAUCCGGCUGGUUCUUCUUCCCAGUGGUCACACAGUUCAUAAAGUGGACACAAUCUCUCAGUUUGCCAUAAUCAACAGUAGUGAUCUUACCACCCUGCAGUUCGCAAUGCCUUAUGCUGCAUUAAGUAUGAACGGCUCGUACGCCAUUUUGAUGGAUCGUGGUGCAGUGGUUGGACAAGGUUGUUCUUAUGACGGACCACCCACACCAGGAAUAACUAACACAAGUGACUGGCAGUUUACUGCUGGUGUUUGUCCCACCGGCAAUGCCCUUGCUCCACCUGACUUUUCCAACUGUAUCGGUAUGUAUAGUAAGCUUUUUCCUUAUUACACAUUAAUUAUUUAUUCAAUUUCUUAUUGGUUAAAAUUCCCCGGCUGAUGACGUCAAUUGUACAGGAAUUAUUUUGAAUAAAUAAUGAACCAAAUACUAUAAAGAAUUGUUUGAAAAAAUUUGAAAGAUACCCUUAAAGAAAGGCACCCCCCUCUAUUCUACUUCCGGCCCCAACCGAGGUUAAUUUAAAGGGGCUAAAAACACGGGUGACUUGGGUUGGUCGCUAGGUCUCGAUCAUAAAUGCAACUAAAAGUAACUUCUUAAUUACAUCAGAGAUCCCCGCUUACCGAGCUGGAAAUUAUCUAUGUAAACAAGUUCGUCCCGGGGCCAGUCCGAUUAGGGGAAACUAACCAGAAAUCGGGCAGCAGAUAGCACACUGCUUAGCUGCACUGUUUCCAACUACUCUGGUGCCCGCUCAAUGUACUAGCUGAUCGGGACCUCGGUCACCUCAGUCGGUAGAUCCUCCCGGCAAACCAGGCCGGACAGCCCAAUUAUGUAAUCAGCCUCUAAGUAACAGAAGAGUGUAAGACCUUGUUUUUUUCUUUUCAGACAUAAACGAGUGUGGGUCUCCUUCGAGAUCAAAACGUAGUUUUUAUUAUAAUUCGUGGAGUUAUGCCAUUUCCUCGUCAACACAGUGGCUUACUGCUGGUGAGUUAAUCGGGCUUAAACAAUGCUUAAGAGAUAUUCUCUUGUAAUGCAUGUCAGGGGGACAAACGCACCUCACACGACACAGACGAAGAUUCUUUAAAAAAAACUUUAAUGGAGACUCAGAAUUGCACUCGUCAGCACAUUCUUGAUCAACACAACAAGUCACAAUCUCAUCAUGACUUACUAAAACUUCACCUUGUCAGUAAAAACCUACGCGAAAACAAAACAGGUGGCAAUUCGUUACAUGUAUUAUUAUAUUUACUGAAACAAACUCUGACGCACUUUGAAUUUGAAUUUCUUUUAGUCCAUUCCACAUCGAUAUUGAUGCCUCGGUAUCUACAUGAAUGUAAGUCAUAGGUGGUUGCCUUAAUUAACGCAGUGAACAACAACUUUGUCCUCCUGAUUUGAUACGUUCUUUCUAGAUAUUUCAGGAUACUAGAAAAAGUUGAUGUAACUAUCCUUGAAGGUACUUUGGUCAAGUGAGCUUUAAGUGCUCUCCUUCAUCUCCCGUCUGACAGCGGUGAAUAAACAGCCUGAUACUCAUGCCCGAUAGUUUAGCUGUGAUCUUGACUUCCGCGAGUUAUGGAACUAAGGUCCGGGAUAUAACGGGUCUCUACCCGUUCGAAAAAUGUUAAGACAAAAUUUUUGUUAGGAAAGAUAUAGUAAUAACGUUAAACGCUUCGUGCUGGGAAGAUAUUCUAUUCCAGUUGUGAUGACCGGACACAUCUAUGUUUAUAAAAUAACUACGGAUUGUACGCGGGUUCUGAUUGGCCGAGAGACGUGUUUGCAGGAGCAUAUAGUGUAUAUAACCACACUUGUGACGUCAAGUUGUUUUGCUCAAUGCAUGCACUAUUCAUCAUGCAGGCAUGCGCACGAAUUUUAAAUUGAAACCUUGACAAGUUAGUUUCUUUAUUUACCCAGUUCUUCAUCGGCUGAAACCUAAAAAAUCUUUACAAACUUGCUGUGUCAAUUUGGUUUUGCUUAAGGUGACAUUUAAAGCCAGAAUUAUCCGCAUUUUGGAAAGUAUGACCUUUUUUUCCGAAAUAAAAACUGAUGGCGCGUACAAAACUUCGUGUACAACACUACGUGACUGGUAGGAAUGUCUCUUUUAAUCAGUUUCUUAGACAAGAAGGGCUGCUUUUUUUCUCGGGAAAGUUAUUUUACCAGAAAAGUUAGCACUGUUAUCUUUAUUGGAGGAGACUAACAAAAUCCCUGCAGAUUCGAUUUAGAAUUGCCGUUGCUGAGAACGCCCAAAUCAUCUUCAGAACGUUCAUUAAAUUUGCCUCGCUAUGAGUUUGUUACAGUUAGGUACAUCGCUUACUUCCACAAAACGCAAAGUAAUAACCAGAAUUAGAAGGCUUGGGCUGAGCAAAUCAACUGACAUCACAUGGCGUCAUCAGCCUUUCUUUGAUCCUUUACUCGUUUCCAAAGGGGAAAAAGGCAACUUUGGACGGUCAAUUCAAUCCACACAUACAUGGGAGGCUAUAGAAGGGAUCAGGGAUUUGACAAUGGUCCUUCCGGUUAUUACCAAUGCGACAGGUCCUCAAACAGGAUGCGCACAAGCAAUUAGCCGGGCAAACGUCCCUAAGGGUAACAGGCAAGAAUGUUGAUGGCGGACGUGUACGGUGGUAACUACGGUAAAAUUAGACUGUUGAUCUAUUAAAGAUUUCAUAAAUUCACUACUAAUUUUGCGCUAGGUUUAUGAUCAUAAUGUUAAUUGUCGCAAUUUCUGUUGGCGUAAUUUUUUAAUUAUUAUGAUUUUGAAUCUCAAAUCUUCAAGAAGGAAACAUUAGCGCGCUGCUAGUUGAGGAGACAAUAUAAACCUCUACUACUGACCCCGCUAUCUAUAACAAAUUCCACAGCUUCAACAAGAACAAUCAGCCCUCGUUACACAGCUUCAUCUACUGCCUCGCCAAGUCUAUCGCCAUCAGUGAGUGCCAGUGCAUCGGUUUCAACAAGCACUUCACCGUCAGUCAGUGCAAGCGUGCCAGUUUCACCAGGUGGGUCUGGAGUGUUGAACACCUCAUGAAUCACCUUCCGUGUACUCGUUUAAUUGAGCGAGUUUGAUACUCGAUUCCAAUUGCAUAAGAGUUUAAAUUGGAGAUGAGGCCAUGUAGUUCAGGGUGGGAGGGGAGUGAAGAGCAUACGGAUUCUGUCCUUUUAGAUUCUACCUAAGGCUUUUCUCAUAUUUUCAAACGAUUUUGAGACAAAACCUCCUAUUCUUAGUAGCCGUCAUUUUAAUGCUAGACGUAUUUUAUGAUCAUGUAAAGUUGAUAUAUUUGAGCUGCAGAAGAAGCAGUCUAGAGAGGAAAAAAAUCUAAUGAGAGAUGGGCAAAGAUACACGGAAUAUGGGAAGGGCGAACACAAAUGAAUAACACAUAAUGCGCUCGGGGGUGCGAAAAUCUAUUGAGUUCAGUGCAGCUUAUCUCAAGCUCAAGUGUUCUACAUCUUUUCGAGAAAUAAAUUCAUCCUCGUAAAAACAACAAAUUUCUGCUUUCUCCUUUUAUGCCCAGUUGUACUCCAAUUUCUAUAUAGCGCCACAAUUAUUCCGAUCUCCCCCUGAUCCAGCCUGACAACGAAAGCAACUACGCCGGGCCCAAGUUUCCACAUGGUGACUCGGCAUGUCGAGAACAGCAGCAAACCAUGUUGAAGAGCAUUUUGACGAUCACUCCGAUGAUAGAAUAAAGUAAAUUUGAAAUAAAUAUUCAAUAAAGAAAAAUGCAGAUUUUUAACGAGGAAAUUGACGAGAUUUUUUCGGGAAAAGACAAAUUUCCUAACAUCUCAAGUGUUGGCAUCUUAGAUGGGGUAACAACAAGAUCGGGCGUGUGUUGCACGUUUUCCGCUGAAACUUUUGGUUGGCACAUAGAACAAUGCUAAAACUUGGCCGUCAGGUAAAAGACAGGGGAAUGGGGAAAAUAAAGCUUAAAAGAGUUGUUUUUGUCACGUUUCUCCCUGUUUUUAGGCGAUUUUUGGAUUUCGGCCGAUCAGAAUGCUUGAUUUAAUUGAAAUUAAUGAUUAAAAGUUAGUCAAAGUUAGCACCUUUUAAUUGCUUUUGCCGUUCGCCUGCCUUACCUCUUACAUGGACCAUUACUUGAUGAGUUUUAACCCAUCUCUGAUGUAAAGCAGCAGGGAAGAGAAAACCUGAAAACGAUAAGGCUUGAACGAGAUUUUGGUAGAAUUUGGUGUUCCUCGGAGAUAGCUACAGGCUAUAUCUAUAGGGGGAUGACACCGGGUUUUAUAGGUUAUACCACUUUGUGAACGGUGAAAUCAUGGGGAAACACACAUUGAAGCCUCCCAUAUUUGUGCAUGCAUACAUCUGCAUGUAGCGACCUUUUUAAUUCGACCUCUGUUUUUAUGGUCUUUCGGUGUUUGUUUGUUUGUUUUGCCAUUUAGAGAUUCUUGGCUUAAAUAAUUCUGUCAUUGUGGGAAAUAACUCAGAAUACUUGGCUAACUUAACCAACUGGAUAAAACCCAGAAGAAAUGAAGGUGAUUGGAAACUCUGCUGGAGAGCAUCACGUGAUGGCAAGAAUAGCAGUCGAUUCCAUUCCUUAUGUGACGAGAAAGGACCAACAGUUACUAUCGUGAAGGUUGGGAAGUAUAUUUUUGGGGGCUACACCAGUUUAUCAUGGAGUAAGUAUUACAGUUUACUUUAACCGAGUUUAACUCUUCGGUUGCUUGUUUUACAUAUGCUGAACAUAAUUUUAGGCGUAUGUAACAAUCCAUGCGCCACUUUCACAUUGCCCAUAAAAUAGUUUUUCAAAUUUCUCCUGGUUAUUACUGUCGUACCAAGAGAAAGCGAAAAAAAAGUGCUCAUGCUUUUUUCUGUGCGGGGGGUGGGGGGUGGGGGGUGGUAGAGGUGGUCACGGGGUAAGUGUAUUUUGAGCAAUGUGAAAACAGUGAGUUUAACUUUUCAUUUUUAUCAUAAAACUGAGAUCUUAAAGUUUAAAAACGUUUUCAUUUAUAAACACGUGCAUUUUUGUGGGCCUUGGUCCAAAUUAUAGCGAUCAAAAACGGAAUCGAAAACAAAGGUACCGUAUUCGGAAACGCACUCGACUGUGAUAUCUUUGGAAAGCGCAGUUUAUUGCUUUAUUGUGAAGGGGCAAAAUCAAAGAUUUUGGAAAACGCUGACGUCAUAGCUGCUAACUAUGCAUGACCUGGAUAGUGCAUAAUCGACAAACAGCUCGGGAAAUUAAAAACAACAAGGAUAGUCUACCUGGGACGAACAUUUAUCACCAGAUAUGCUUUUUUGAUGGCUCGGUGUAGACGCUUAAGUUGGUUGUGUGAACCCGGAGCUUCACCAAUGGGUUUAUACUAGAACGAAAACGCUGGAGGUUUCGGGAAACGCAUUAGUGAACAUGCUGGCCGUACAAAAACCGUUUGUUAAAUUCUUUGUAUUCUUUAUUUAGGUUCUGGUUGCCGCUAUCAGUACGAUCCACAAGCCUUUUUGUUCUCGCUGGUAAACAAGCCAGGAUGGGCACCUAUAAAGUUGAAUCAGACAGGAUUGUAUGGCUAUCGCCAAUCGCAUUCCAUAUACACCUGUUACACUAGUGGUCCUACGUUUGGAGGAGGUCAUGACUUGGGAAUCCACCCUAGCUACUAUUUCUAUUAUACAAAUCUCGGCUACACGUACAGUCCGCCGAGCGGCUACAGCUAUAGAAGCAGCUUUGCUCGAUCAUUUCUGGCAGGAUCGGAGUAUUUCGGUCCGGAUGAAAUAGAAACGUUUUACGACGCAGCCUUUACUUCACAAGGUAGGUUGGAGGAUAAGAGUUACUAUAUAUUAUAUAUAAAGGAUAUUACAUGGUCGCGCAGAGAUAGGAAAUUUCUCUUCGAGUGUUUUUCAACACGAGAAAGGAAAUUUCGUACCUCCAAGCGGCCAUUUAAUGUUCUAUUUAUUAUAUAAACACCAAUGAAUCGAAUGCCAAACGAUUUCACUUAAAUAGUUUUUUGCUGCGAAAGGCGCGAUUUAUUAUGUAUCCAUAGCAACGGUCAUCUUUUCACAUGUGAAAAUAACAUGUUAUUUUCACGUGUGAAGAUAUGUUGUUUUCGUGCGAAAGUUCACCUGGUAUUUCAUUGGUGUUUAUCUAAUAAAGGGAGGUUCGUUAUAGCGAGGUUCCACUGUAUUUACUUUAAUUUACUAAUUGCAAUCAGGGAGAACAUAAAGUACUACAACAAAUAUUAAUAAUUAUAUGACAGUUGCUGACUUCACAGCUAAUAGCAGGGCGUAAGAAGCUAGGGCGUUGAAACGAGUGGGGUCGAGCGAUCUAGCUGUGAUGCAAGGGUCUGGGUACUACCAAAGAGACAAAACAAGAUGACGGACAUUAUACUGGACCGUCGGUCAGAGACAUUGUCUAGCGAACGUUUGCCAUUAUCCCGUGGCAUUCAUUUACUGCGAGCAAUAGCGAAGGAACAAUUGCAAAUUAUUUUUUUCUCAUGUUCGUUUUCUGUUUUGUUCAAUUUUCCCUCCGCGAACAAUAUCUGUAUUGAAUAUAGUUCCAACUCCGUGACCUGUAUUAAAAUUGUUUGACUUGGUAAGAAAAUGGCAUCACAAACUCAGAUGAUAGUACUGACAUCAUUUGUAGACUAAUAUUAUCGGUUCCCUACUUCAGCUUAAUAUCAAGUUGUGUAAUUCAUCAUCUGCUAUGGCAUUUAUUUUUUGCCCCAGUUUCAAGGCCAGAUGAUCUUUUUUCACUAUUAAAGUUUGGAUUUGUUGGUGUACAUCAGUAUUCUUCUCUAAACACCUUAUUGAGCUAUCUCCAAUAUUGAGCAUUACAGUUGGACAGAUUGCGAAAACUUAAGUCCGGGUAAAUUUAAAACAUGAUAAAAUCAUCAUUAUUUUUUAUCUUGUACACUAAUACUACUUUGUAAUGAAGGAUAAGUAUGUGAAAAAAAAUAUAAUUAACUGCCCUUGAAAAACUAACAAAGAGGUGGCAAGAACACAAAUAAGUAGUCCAGCAAAUAUUUUUGUUUGAUAAUAACAGCUUUUUGUAACGAAAUGGUCACUGAAAACUACACAUGCAAGACAUACUAAGGAACUUAAAAGAAACUAAACAAUUAACAUUCAUAAGUCUUACAUUGCAACCAGACAGUGCUAUAUAUAUAUAUAUAUAUAUAUAUAUAUAUAUAUAUCUUACAGAUACAACAUAAAACAUUUAUAUAACAUAUAAAUUCAAAAGUAUAUUGCAAACAAGAAAAUUAUUCGGAAUUAUGCACAAAUGAAAUACAAAUGGCCUGUAACAGCUAUUAAACCAUUGAAAAACAAACUUUUUAGUGUGACCAGCAACCCUAGCACACUUGUAUACUUCAUGUCCUGUAUGAUUCAAUUUCAUUCUUGGUUAAAUUUACUAACUGCAAGCCAUGCUUAAUCAAACUUGAUUCAAAAAAUACUUUCCUGUUUCUUUGUCUACGAUAUAUAAUAUUAAGAGAGAGGAUGUAAUGCUAGAAAUAUUAUACAGUAGUACAAUCAAAAGAUAAGGCACCUCCAGGAAAUCGAAUUGGUUCCUACUAUUCUUCAGUCAUUUUCUUUUAAUCUAUAUAAGGGCGCUUUCCAAAAGUCAGAACUGGCCUGCUGGACCAUGGUCAGACCAGACAUUUUGGCAAUGAAAUAGGCUUUUUCCAAGAGGUUUUGCUGAAAAACCAUCCCCUUUGUGCAUAAUAUUUGGGAUUUGACAGAUCUGGAUGGUUAGUUUUGAUUAAAAAUGAAAUUCUCAUUACAAUGGGAAUGGGCUGGCUGGUCGGUUCUGACAAAUGGAAAGCUCCCUAAGAGUUGCACCUGUCCAUUAAUACAGACAUUUUGUGCCAGUCCCAGUAGUUUCCAUCUGAGAGCUGACUGUAGUUUGUGCAACACCACACUUAAGCCUCUGACCACAAAAAUACAAUGUUACAUAGCAGUCUUAAUUUAUUCUACUUGCAAUCAAAUUAAGACCUCUUCAUGUUCUUCUUCAUAUUCACGGUAUUAUGAACUCGUUUAUCUUUCAGUGUGUGUUCUAGUUUUCCUUUCGGGCCGGGCACUCACUGUUGUCCUGCAAAAAAUCAUUAUAAUAACAAAUAAACACAUUGUAUGAUUUAAUUUUACAGUGGAAUCUUUCUGGGGAUUUUUCUCCAUAGGCUUCAUUCUGUUUCUGUGCAAUACAACCGUCCGAUUUAUACCACAGUGAAGCAGAAUUUGUUGUUGUUUAUGUAAAGACUGUCACACGAGAUCAUUCGAAUGCAAUUUUCAAGUAGAACUUUAAAAAUAGUCAGAACCUUCUUGGAUCGCCGUUCUGUAACCAAAAAAAAUCAUUUACCAUCUUUGUGUAUAUUAAAAAAAGAAAAAUCGCUAAAUUGGGCAACUGAAAUCUUUUAUUUUACUAACAAGCUAAACGCCAACGUACAAAACAAAAAUCUUGCUAUCGCCAUUAUGAAGUCGUCACUUCAGAAGUAAAAAAAACCUUAAAGGUUCAUUAAAGUUCACUCUAAAAAUUUGCAUGCACAAACAAAAUUUAUAAAACCAUUACAUAUUUUUUUUUUGUAGCCGUUUAUUAUCAUUUGGUUUGGACUGGCAAGAUAAAACGCGACCUUCAACCUGUAAUAUUCGAUAGGCCAUUUUGACACUACAUAAACAUAAAAGGCGAAAAAACACCUUAACUUAUAAGACUAACUAUAAAAUAUCACCUAAAUAUCUUCUGUAUAUCUGCAAUCUAAUUAUAGAUUGCAGCGAUCUUAAUGAUAUAAAGCAAUAAAUCCGAACCUACCUCCAGCUAGACGGCGCCAUUUCUCUUGCCCUGACAGCGGAUCGAGAGCGGAAAGGCCAACCAGUUGCAGUCCUGCUCCGCAUCACAGCUGAACCAGAGAGCGCGUAUGAGCGUUUCAACGCCCUAGCUUCUUAAGCCCUGGCUAAUACAUUAGGUAACACUGGCUGCUACGGUUGAUCUUAAAAAGAUGUCAUAAAUUUGUUGACAAAUUUCGCGCCAAGGCUCAUGAUAUUCACGCUAUUUGAAAAAAAAUUCCACAGCUUCAACAAGAACAAUCAGUCCAAGUUACACAGCUUCAUCUAGUGCGCCGCCAAGUUUAUUGCCAUUAGUGAGUGCCAGUGCAUCCGUCUCUCCAAGCACUUCACCGUCGGUCAGGGCAAACUUGUCAGUUUUAUCAGGUGAGUCUCUGGAGUUAGACACCUCGCCUUCUGUGAAAGCUCGUUUAAUUGAGCCGGUUAAUAGAUACCAUUUUUAUAAGCGUUGUUGCACCUGAAUGAAGUAGAGUAUUUCAGUGAUCGGAACGCUAUUUUUAAUUCACAAUGAGCGACCUGAGGUAACCAGUUGUCCAAAGAUGUUAAGCCCCGUGCAAACGGACGCAACAUUGUUGGCCAACAACUCCCAACAUUGUUGGAUGCUACAUGUUGCGACCUCUGUUUUUAUGGUCUUUCGGUGUUUGUUUGUUUGUUUUGCCAUUUAGAGAUUCUUGGCCUAAAUAAUUCUGUCAUUGUGGGAAAUAACUCAGAAUACUUGGCUAACUUAACCAACUGGAUAAAACCCAGAAGAAAUGAAAGUGAUUGGAAACUCUGCUGGAGAGCAUCACGUGAUGGCUGGAGUAGCAGUCGAUUCCAUUCCUUAUGUGACGAGAAAGGACCAACAGUUACUAUUGUAAAGGUUGGAAAGUAUAUCUUUGGAGGCUACACCAAUUUACCAUGGAGUAUACGUAAGUAUCACAGUUUACUUUAAUCGAGUUUAACUCUUUGGUUGCUUGUUUUACAUAUGCUGAACAUAAUUUUAGGCGUAUGUAACAAUCCAUGCGCCACUUUCACAUUACCCAUAAAAUAGUUUUUCAAAUUUCUCCUGGUUAUUACUGUCGUACCAAGAGAAAGCGAAAUAAAAAGUGCGCAUGUUUUUUUCUGUGCGAGGGGGUGGGGGGUGGUAGAGGUGGUCACGGGCUAAGUGUAUUUUGAGCAAUGUGAAAACAGUGAGUUUAACUUUUCAUUUUUAUCAUAAAACUGAGGUCUUAAAGUUUAAUAACGUUUUCUUUUGUAAACACGUGCAUUUUUGUAGGCCUUGGUCCAAAUUAUAACGAUCAAAAACGGAAUUGAAAACAAACGUACUCGACUGUGGUAUCUUUGGAAAACGCAGUUUAUCGCUUUAUUGUGAAGGGGCAAAAUCAAAGAUUUUCGAAGACGCUGACUUCAUAGCUGCUAACUAUGCAUGACCUGGAUUUGUGCAUAACGGAAAAACAGCGCGGGAAAUUGAAAACAAAAAGGAUAGUCUACCUGGAACGAACAUUUAUCACCAGAUAUGCUCUUUUGAUGGCUCGGUGUAGACGCUUAAGUUGGAUGUUUGAACCCGGAGCUUUCAAUGGGUUUAUACUAGAACGAAAACGCCGGAGGUUUCGGGAAAUGCAUUAGUGAACAUGAUGGCCUUACAGAGACCGUUUGUUAAAUUCUUUGUAUUCUUUAUUUAGGUUAUGGUUGCCGCUAUCAGUACGAUCCACAAGCCUUUUUGUUCUCGCUGGUAAACAAGCCAGGAUGGGCACCUGUAAAGUUGAAUCAGACAGGAUUGUAUGGCUAUAGCCAAUCGUAUUCCAUAUACACUUGUUACUAUUAUGGUCCCACUUUUGGAGGAGGUUAUGACUUGCUAGUCUACCCUAGUAGAUACAAUUUUUAUACAAAUCUCGGCCAUACGUACAGUCCGCCGAGCGGCUACAGCUAUAGAAGCAGCUUUGCUCGAUCAUUUCUGGCAGGAUCGUAUUAUUUUAAUCCGGAUGAAAUAGAAACGUUUUACGACGCAACCUUUACUUCACAAGGUAGGUUGGAGGAUUAGAGUUACUAUAUAUUAUAUAUAGAGGAAAUUACAUGGCCGCGCAGAGAUACGAAAUUUCUCUUCGAGUUUUUUUCAACACGAGAAGAGAAUUUUCGUAUCUCCAAGCGGCCAUUUAAUGUUCUAUUUAUCAUAUAAACACCAAUGAAUCGAAUGCCAAACGAUUUCACUUAAAUAGUUUUUUAUUAUGUAGCCAUAGCAACGGUCAUCUUUUCACAUGUGAAAAUAACGUGUUAUUUUCACGUGUGAAGAUAUGUUGUUUUCGCGCGAAAGUUCACCUGGUAUUUCAUUGGUGUUUAUUUAAUCGGAAGGGAGGUUCGUUAUAGCGAGGUUCCACUGUAUCCACUUUUACUAAUUGCAAUCAGGGAGAACAUAAAGUACUAAAACAAAUAUUAAUAAUUAUAUGACAGUUGCUGACUUCACAGCUAAUAGCAGGGCGUAAGAAGCUAGGGAAGCUAGGGCGUUGAAACGAGCGGGGUCCAGCGAUCUAGCUGUGAUGCAAGGGUCUGGGUACUACCAAAGAGACAAAACAAGAUGACGGACAUUAUACUGGACCGUCGGUCAGAGAGAUUGUCUAGCGAACGUUAUUUUUUCCCCCGCGAACAAUAUCUCUAUUGAAUAUAGUUCCACCUCCGUGACCUGUAUUAAAAUUUUGUGACUUGGUAAGAAAAUGGCAUCACAACUCAAUGAAACAGGCUUUUUCCAAGAGGUUUUGCUGAAAAACCAUCUCCUUUGUGCAUAAUAUUUAGGAUUUGACAGAUCUGGAUGGUUAGUUUUGAUUAAAAAUGAAAUUCUCAUUACAAUGGGAAUGGGCUGGCCGGUCAGUUCUGACAAAUGGAAAGCUCCCCAAGAGUUACACCUGCCCAUUAAUACAGACAUUUUGUGCCAGUCCCAGUAGUUUCCAUCUGAGAGCUGACUGUAGUUUGUGCAACACCACACUUAAGCCUCUGACCACAAAAAUACAAUGUUACAUAGCAGUCUUAAUUUAUUCUACUUGCAAGCAAAUUAAGACCUCUUCAUGUUCUUUUUCAUAUUCACGGUAUUAUGAACUCGUUUAUCUUUCAGUGUGUGUUCUAGUAGUCCUUUCAGGCCGGGCACUCACUGUUGUCCUGCAAAAAAUCAUUAUAAUAACAAAUAAACACAUUCUAUGAUUAAAUUUUAGAGUGGAGUCUUUCUGGGGAUUUUUCUCCAUAGGCUUCAUUCUGUUUCUGUGCAAUACAACCUUCAGAUUUAUACCACAGUGAAGCAGAAUUUGUUGUUGUUUACGUAAAGACUGUCACACGAGAUCAUUCGAAUGCAAUUUUCAAGUAGAACUUUAAAAAUUGUCCGAACUUCUUGGAUCGCGGUUCUGUAACCAAAAAAAUCAUUUACCAUCUUUGUGUAUAUUUAAAAAAAAGAAAAAUCGCUAGAUUGGGCAACUGAAAUCUUUUAUUUUACUAACAACCUAAACGCCAACGUACAAAACAAAAAUCUUGCAUGCACAAACAAAAUUUAUAAAACCAUUACAUAUUUUUUUUGUAGCCGUUUAUUAUCAUUUGGUUUUGACUGGCAAGAUAAAACGCGACCUUCAACCUGUAAUAUUCGACACUACAUAAACAUAAAAGGCGAAAAAACACCUUAACUUAUAAGACUAACUAUAAAAUAUCACCUUAAUAUCUUCUGUACAUCUGCAAUCUAAUUAUAGAUCGCAGCGACCUAAUGAUAUAAAGCAAUAAAUCCGAACCUACCUCCAGCUAGACGGCGCCAUUUCUCUUGCCCUGACAGCGGAUCGAGAGCGGAAAGGCCAACUAGUUCCAGUCCUGCUCCGCAUCACAGCUGAACCAGAGAGCGCGUAUGAGCGUUUCAACGCCCUAGCUUCUUACGCCCUGGCUAAUAGGUAACACUGGCUGCUACGGUUGAUCUUAAAAAGAUGUCAUAAAUUUGUUGACAAAUUUCGCGCCAAGGCUCAUGAUAUUCACGCUAUUUAAAAAAAAAUUCCACAGCUUUAACAAGAACAAUCAGUCCAAGUUAUACAGCUUCAUCUAGUGCGCCGCCAGGUUUAUUGCCAUUAGUGAGUGCCAGUGCAUCCGUCUCUCCAAGCACUUCACCGUCGGUCAGGGCAAACUUGUCAGUUUUAUCAGGUGAGUCUCUGGAGUUAGACACCUCGCCUUCUCUGAAAGCUCAUUUAAUUGAGCGAGUCAAUAGAUACCAUUUUUAUAAGCGUUGUUGCACCUGAAUGAAGUAGAGUAUUUCAGUGAUCGGAAAGCUAUUUUUAAUUCACAAUGAGCGACCUGAGGUAACCAGUUGUCCAAAGAUGUUAAGCCCCGUGCAAACGUACGCAACAUUGUUGGCCAACAACUCCCAACAUUGUUGGAUGUUACAUGUUGCGACCUCUGUUUUUAUGGUCUUUCGGUGUUUGUUUGUUUGUUUUGAAAUUUGGAGAUUCUUGGCUUAAAUAAUUCUGUCAUUGUGGGAAAUAACUCAGAAUACUUGGCUAACUUAACCAACUGGAUAAAACCCAGAAGAAAUGAAGGUGAUUGGAAACUCUGCUGGAGAGCAUCACGUGAUGGCUGGAGUGGCAGUCGAUUCCAUUCCUUAUGUGACGAGAAAGGACCAACAGUUACUAUCGUAAAGGUUGGAAAGUAUAUCUUUGGAGGCUACACCAAUUUACCAUGGAGUAUACGUAAGUAUCACAGUUUACUUUAAUCGAGUUUAACUCUUCGGUUGCUUGUUUUACAUAUGCUGAACAAAAUUUUAAGCGUUUGUGACAAUCCAUGCGCCACUUUCACAUUGCCCAUAAUAUAGUUUCUCCUGGUUAUUACUGUCGUACCAAGAGAAAGCGAAAUAAAAAAAAGGCUCAUGCAUUUUUCCGUGCGAGGGGGUGGGGGUGAUAGAGGUGAUCACGGGCUAAGUGUAUUUUGGGCAAUGUGAAAACAGUGAGUUUAACUUUUCAUUUUUAUCAUAAAACUGAGGUCUUAAAGUUUAAUAACGUUUUCAUUUGUAAACACGUGCAUUUUUGUAGGCCUUGGUCCAAAUUAUAACGAUCAAAAACGGAAUUGAAAAUAAAGGUACCGUAUUCGGAAACGCACUCGACUGCGGUAUCUUUGGAAAGCGCAGUUUAUCGCUUUAUUGUGAAGGGGCAAAAUCAAAGAUUUUCGAAGACGCUGACGUCAUAGCUGCUAACUAUGCAUGACCUGGAUAGUGCAUAAUCGAAAAACAGCUCGGGAAAUUAAAAAAAAAAAGGAUAGUCUACCUGGAACGAACAUUUAUCACCAGAUAUGCUUUUUUGAUGGCUCGGUGUAGACGCUUAAGUUGGAUGUGUGAACCCGGAGCUUUCAAUGGGUUUAUACUAGAACGAAAACGCCGGAGGUUUCGGGAAACGCAUUAGUGAACAUGCUGGCCGUACAAAGACCGUUUGUUAAAUUCUUUGUAUUCUUUAUUUAGGUUAUGGUUGCCGCUAUCAGUACGAUCCACAAGCCUUUUUGUUCUCGCUGGUAAACAAGCCAGGAUGGGCACCUGUAAAGUUGAAUCAGACAGGAUUGUAUGGCUAUCGCCAAUCGAAUUCCAUAUACACCUGUUACUUUAAUGGUCCUACUUUUGGAGGAGGUUAUGAUUUACAAAUCUCUGCAUACAGUUAUUAUUCAAAUCUCGGCUACACGUACAGUCCGCCGAGCGGCUACAGCUAUAGAAGCAGCUUUGCUCGAUCAUUUCUGGCAGGAUCGUAUUAUUUCAAUCCGGAUGAAGUAGAAACGUUUUACGACGCAACCUUUACAUCACAAGGUAGGUUGGAGGAUUAGAGUUACUAUAGAUACGAAAUUUCUCUUCGAGUGUUUUGCAACACGAGAAGAGAAAUUUCGUAUCUCCAAGCGGCCAUGUAAUGUUUUAUUUAUUAUAUUAACACCAAUGAAUGCCAAACCAUGUCACUUAAAUAGUUUUUUGCUGCGAAAGGCGCGAUUUAUUAUGUAGCCAUAGCAACGGUGAUCGUUUCACAUGUGUGAAGAUAUGUUGUUUUCGCGCGAAAGUUCACCUGGUAUUUCAUUGGUGUUUAUCUAAUCGGAAGGGAGGUUCGUUAUAGCGAGGUUCCACUGUACGCACUUUUACUAAUUGCAGUCACUGAGAACAUAAAGCACUAAAACAAAUAUUAAUAUAUGACAGUUGCUGACUUCACAGCUAAUAGGUAACACUGGCUGCUACGGUUGAUCUUGAAAAGAUGUCAUCAAUUCGUCGACAAAUUUCGCGCCAUGCAAGGCUCAUGAUAUUCACGCUAUUUAAAAAAAAUUCCACAGCUUUAACAAGAACAAUCGGUCCAAGUUAUACAGCUUCAUCUAGUGCGCCGCCAGGUUUAUUGCCAUUAGUGAGUGCCAGUGCAUCCGUCUCUCCAAGCACUUCACCGUCGGUCAGGGCAAACUUGUCAGUUUUAUCAGGUGAGUCUUGUUAAAGCUCGUUUAAUUGAGCGAGUUAAUAGGUAACAUUUUUAUAAGCGUUGUUGCACCUAAAUGAAGUAGAGUAUUUUUUUUUUUUUUUAACAACAACAACAUCUUUAUUUCUUACAUUAAAUAUACAAAUAUCACACCACCUGCAAAUAGCAAGGCUAAUCGAGGCAGGUGGUGUGUAGACGGCUUAAGAUUUAUUACGAAUAGUUGAAGUGAAAAAGUACCAUAUUUAUAAUAAAAAAGGUCAGUCACGAGAGAAAUUGAGAUAAGAAAAUCGAGGCAGCUAUUUAGAUAAGCGGGGGCUAAUAUUUUUUAAAAUCGGAGAUUAUCGUGUUUAGGUCAGCAUAUCUAUCCUGAACUUCAAAUAUUUUCAACAGAAUUGUAUGAACUUUUUCCUUAAAGAGAGAUUUUGAAGAAUUUCGUAAAUUUUCAGGUAUACUAUUCCAAAUUUUGGCUCCCAUAAUAGAAAACGAAUCAUUUUUCUGAUUUAGUCUAGAGUGGCUAAUGUAAUAAUUUCCAGAAGAGGAGGAGCGAGUGCUGUAAGAGUGGAUUUGUUGAGUAGGAAUAAAGAGAUGUGAAAUAUUAUGAGGGGCAGUGUUAUUGUAAACAUCAAACAUUAACAUCGAAGAAAGCUUAAAAUAGAGCAUUGUAAUAGGCAUAAUAUUAGAGUGAAGAAAGUAAGGGACGGCAUGAUAGCGGAAAGGUGCGAAGUUAAUUAGGCGCACAGCUCUCUUUUGUAAUGUAAGGAGUUUCUCCAAAUGAGUUUUUGCAGCCUGGUCCCAGGCAACGAGGCCAUAAGAAAGAUAAGGGAAGAUUAAAGAAUUGUAAAUCCCGAAAAGUGUCUUAGGAGGAACAAAAUGUCUUAAUUUAGAUAAUAUCCCGAUGUUUCAACUAAUUUUUAGCGCAACAUAGUUAAUAUGAUGUUUCCACGAAAGAUGGUUGUCAAUCAUGACCCCUAGAUAUUUGACACACUCUUUACGUUCAAGGUUAAAAUAUUUCUUUACACGGCUAUCAAGAAUUUUAAUAUUGACGUCGUAAUUUAAGCGCUUCUGGUAAGGAUGAAAAAUUAUAUAGUUAGUUUUCUUGACAUUAGUAUUUCAGUGAUCGGAACGCUAUUUUUGAUUCACAAUGAGCGACCUGAGGUAACCAGUUGUCCAAUGAUGUUAACUAUAAAAGAAUAAGUUUGAGAAAGGUUUUCCUCAGACUUUCAGGGUGAAGGGGGGAGGGCAAGAGAAGUGAGGAGUCUGGAUUCAACCCAAGGAUAUUCUCAGAUAUUCUGAGACAAAACCUGUUAUUUUCAGCAGCUGUUUAUUCUAAUGCUAGACUUAUUUUAUGAUAAUGAAAAGUUCAUAUAUUUGAACCGGAGGAGAAAUAUUUAACAAGAUAACUUAAUUAUAAGCAAUAAUGAAAAGAAAGCCUGCAAAAAACGGAGAUUUUGGCAGAAUUUGGGUGUCCGUUGGUUGGUGCGAUGACGAGAUCUGACGUGAGGUCAAAUCAUGCAUUUAUGCGCAAACUAGGCUUUUAAAAACUUUGAAAAUACAUAGUUUUUAAACUGUUUGCAUAUUUUAGCAAUAUCAAGAUGCAUGCAUGACAGCCAAAGUGAAUGACGUCACAGAUCCUUGGCCCGUUAACGGUUAUGCCAUAUCGUUAUGUAAAACUUCUCACUUGCUACAUAUUUUACAUAUUUUACGUUUGGUCUUUUCAACAUUACUUAAACACACAGCAAAACCCAAUGGAGAUUGCAACAUAAUAAACAUUAUUAUCUCUUAUGCUGACCCAUAUGGUAGUAGUACAAAAGUAUGGAUUCCGAAUUGCUUUUACGAAUAUAAUGCAUCAGAGGGUUAUAAUUAACGCAUGGAUCCAUAAUUAUAAUUACUUUUAAUAAGUAAAAACUUGUUUUGAUUUUACCGCUUUAACCACCUUUCUUAACACAUAUCAUUACAGUGGAUUCUGAAAUCUUCAUGCGCUGUGCUUGGAGUAUUAUAGACCAAGAACAACUUAAGUCCUUGCAAAAUUUUUUGCCACAAAAUUGAAAAAGCCCCACCUGAGAUAUGUCAAAUUUAAAAUUCCUGCCACUACACAUUCCUGCCAUUCCUGCCUGCAAGAAAUCUGCCAUCCGACUUGUAAGUGUUCUAACUUACUCUUCCCAGUCUGGUAGGGCGGAUCAUGUUCGUUGUUGUUUCAAGAGCGCUGUCUACCUCUUCUUCAGAGUCACUGACACUGUCACUCGAAAUUAAAAGCUGUCUACCUGUUCGUUUCUAGGAGACUCUGGGAUCCUCAUUUGAAUUAGGUGGCUCAUCACUUACGCUUGGAAUUCUUUGAAGCAUGAAGCCUCUAAUGUAAAUGAAGGGUGCAAAAUAAAUAAAUCUCUAUCCAUCUUCGAUCCAACUGUACAUUGUAAAUGAGCAAAAUACUCACUCGAUUUUCUCUCGAUAACUUUUUACAACAGAUUCACUUUAUUUGAGUAAGGAAUUUUGGUCAGCACCUUUAUCACUUACCAUCACUUUUUGUCGCUUCACUGUAGGCUCAAAAUACUCACUGAUUAUUUUCUUCGUUUGUCAGUCACUGGUCUUUGUUGGAUUACAAUUAUGAACUCGAUGGAAGUUCUUUACAUGACCUUCGGCAGGUCUCUUACAUUUGUCAAGUUUGAGACUGGAUUUUCCACAUCUCAUACAUUCAAUUCUUCCGACAGGCCGCCAUGUCUUCCUUCUGUAACAGAACGGCAAUUCUUUUAGCCUUAAAUGUGUUUUUGGCAAAUUAAUAUUUCCUUUUGGGUCACUCUCAGAUUCAUAAGUAUUAUACUUUUCGCACUUUCCUGUGGAGGUUGAAUUUGCGAUUAAGUAGAUGGCUGUGGGUCGUCUGUUUUUGGCACAGACGGCGAGUUCUGUCGUAAAACGAAUUGGCUAGAAAAAGGUGCAAGGGCAAAUUUCUCACGUUUCUUAACUCCAGGAAAUAAGUAAUGCCUCGACUGGUCAUGAUUCCAAACUAUCUAUCCCAUUCCCAUUUUUGACAUUUUAUCCCCUUUCCCAGUGACUCCCAGGGCAAAAACCAGCCAAUCCCAAUUCCCCUUUUACCUCUUCAGGACUCUCUUUUAGUCAAACAUACAUGUAGUACCCGUGAUCUAAAGUCACCGUUUGAGUUAAUGCUUGGGAGACAUAUUUCCUUGACACAAACCUGUUAUCUUACCAUUCACAAGUAAUUUGACGAGUUCCAUAGAUCUUCUCGACAAGAUAAGAUAUUUUAUGGGUGGUUUUUCGUAACUUUGUUUGUUUUCAGAAAUAUCUCCAUCAAAAAGUUCUUCUUUUAUGCCAUUUACUAUAUCGAGUUCUGGUAAGUAGAAAAUAACCUUGUUUGCCUUAGAGUUAAAUUCAAGAAGGCUUGCGCUUUCAAGUCUACUGGGCUUGAGUGAGGUUUGUUUUCCUGAUGUACGCCACGUGAGUUUCUUCAUCGAGGUUUCCCUGCGUAUCACGUCUUUUAUUAAAAUAAAACAAAGUAGAAAACUUGAGAGUUUCUCUCAGUUUGGAUUCUGCAGGGUCGGCUAGGGUUUUGGGGUAUACAGUAUACUGGGGUAUUUAAUCUCAGGUAUACAGUAUUUUCAUGCUUAAAAUUGGAUAUAAAGUAUUCCCUCACGACCAAUUUUGGGUAUAAAGUGUACCGUGUUUUUCUUAAUUUGGGGAUUUUACACAAGUUUUAGUAUAAUUCCUGGUAUAUUGGAAGGUUUAUUUCAGGCAUUUUGGUAUUCCACUACCCCCCUAGCCGACCCUGAUUCUGGAUUCUGGAUUCCAUACCGUAGAUUCCUCCAGGCUUUGUCAAUGGAACUUGAAUUCUGGAUUACAAUCGUUAGUGGGAUCCGCAUUCCUUGAGCUGUAUUCCGUAUUCCAAAGCCCAGGAUUCCACAUUCCACAAGCAAAUGUUUCUCGGGUUCCGGAAUCCGGAUUCCCUUACAUGGGGUGAUCUACUGGGCUUGAGUGUGGUUUGUUUUCCUCGUGUAGGCGACGUACGGAAUGUCUUCAUCGAGGUCUACCCUAUUGUGGCACCUCAGUUGCAUUUAAAAUUAAGUUGUAAAAACGGAGCUGGAAGAUUCCCCCAAUAAUUUCUUGCUGAACGUGUAAAGAAAAGCAGUGUUUCUUAAUGGUGAAAUGGUUCAAAAACACUGACUGGGGGAGAGAAACACCAAGCUGGGACAAUAAUAUUCUUUAAUUCUUUCCUCUUUACUUUUGUGUUUAUUCAUUCCAAUUACUCCUAGAAUGCUACAAUUACGGUUACCUGAAUGACUCGGUACGAGGACAAGGCUUCUACAACGGAUACUAUGGCUAUUAUCAAUGCGAUAGUGGUCUUCCAUUUGGCUGGUAUCGAUUUAGUGGGGCAGCAGGAUCUCAAAUGGCCACUAGUUGUGUUGGUAAAAAUCGCUGCAGUUCGCACGCGCCGGGAUGGUUAAGUACCCAGCAUCCUUCAAAGGAUGAUGGGAUAGUCAGGGGUACAGUGUGCUUCCACUGGGCUAGUAGCUGUUGUCACUGGUCGACGAACAUACGUGUUCGUAACUGUAGCGGAUUUUAUGUGUAUGAGCUUCGACCAACCCCAGGAUGCUGGUUACGCUACUGUGGAAAUGGAGGAGGUAUGUGGCAUCUCUGACGUUAUUCGAUACUAUCAUUUAGUCACAGUACACCGUAAACUUCCCCAAGAGCCCCACUUAUACCCCUCCCCCCUUCCCCCAUUUAUAGGCCCAUCCGGUAAACAAAAACAUAAAUCCAGGUGCAAGCCCCCCUCCAGCUUGUGUUGAAAUGAAUUCGACUUUUUACGACGUUUUGAAGCUUAAAAAAGCGAUCAAAUUCUUUUACGAGGGCAGUGUUUUACUUUUUUCCCUUCACAGGUAAUAACACAAAUUCAAGCUCGAUUGGAUAUAUCGCCGCUCAAGGUAUGGUGUGUCCUUUUAUUAUAAACAAAUUUCGACCAUCGUAUGGUCUCGCUUCGAGGAAUUAUGCCAUCUUUAUCACACCUUUUGAUUAGUGUCUGACUCGUUGGGUUAGACACAUUAUGGUUGCGCACUACGGUUUUGAGCAGCGUCAACCUGAAAUUCAUAGCUUGCGAAUACAGCCGUCUCCCCCCGCUCCUCGCCACGUCUGGUGCAGAUGUCUUUCCUGCGAAAUGUCCCUAGCCGCGAGGAGCGAGGACGGACGGCUGUAUUCGCAGGCGAUGAAAUUCCGCAUGGCAAUUUAUACCGUGCGCAGUUACGCUGGUGUCAGUGCAUUACGCACAUGUUGAUGCUGGAAAAAUUUAGCCCUUUCCCAGUUUUACUGCCCCUGCUCAAUCAAAUUAUCUCUAUUGGUUAACGACGUCUUGAUGUUUCUCAUGAUUAAUUCAAUACAAGCAUGAACAACAACAACUUGAAGUUCUAAAACGGCUCUAAAUGUGUUAGGAACCUGACAUUAUGAAGUAUUCUCAAAUGAGACAAUACGAAAUUAUGCAGUGACAUAUUUUCUCUGGUACUGCGUUAUUUCCAUGAGUUGUGUUAAUCAAUAAAACCUGAUAAAACAUCUCAGUUAAAAUGUAAGUGUUUGAUCUCGGAUGAACAACAUGUUUGAUUUCAGACAAAAACCUGGUAGUAUAUUUUUUCUGAUGUUUCGUGAGGUGUCAAGAUUUAUCCAUCUGACCCAAAUGGUCGUCAUUUAUUGGCUUUUGACUUCUUGAAUAAUUAAUCAGUUUGAGAAGACAUGUCACAUGUAAAAACUCGCAGUAAUGCAGGAGCUGCCAAAACUCGGGCUUCGUGCUUCAUCACGGCUUCCAAACACCUGACACAGAUGAAAGCACGAGGCCGUAGGCCGAGUGGUUUCAUCUCUAUCUCAGUGCUUGGGACCCGUGAUGAAGCACUCGCCUUCGUUUUUGAUGUAUUUCAUCAGGCCUCUAAACCAGGAACCAAUGAAAGAAAGCAGUUGAAAACCAAACUGGAGACAUUUUUAGUAUGAACUGUUCAUUGGCAUGUGUCAAUGAAAGAAAUUUGGCAGCAUUAAGCUACAAAAAAAUGCCCUUUUGCCGGCACAAUACUUGAUGCCCAAAACAUUAAAAAAUAGAUGCCCAAAAUGAUUUUGGCAUGAUUUUGUCUAGCCCUACUCACUCCUCCCCAGUCUCCUUUCAUCAGUUGUAAACGGGCACGAGACGGUCUCUAAAAACGGCUUUGGUAGCAGACUAGGAACGGUUGAGAGAGACCGCGAUUACGGCAUCUUAGCAAACCAUAUUCCACGCGCUUCCCUCGUUCAGUUAAGGGACAAAAAAAGCGAAUGGGGACAAGUAUCCAGCGGAUUUAAAGUAAAGACUAGAUACGUAGAUAAUAGACCACUCUCUGGAUUUUAUUUUAAUGACAAAAUAAUUCUCUUUUAGAAGAUCAUAAAAAAGGCUUACUUUAAGAUGUUGAUCUGAGCAACUUAAACAAAGGUGUUUAUGUUACUGUUUUCAUUUGCAGCAAUGACUAAAACAGAGUCGGUAUCUACUAGUUCACUUUAUGUUUAUGGUAAGACUGGCUUGAUUUACAGCAAUCAAACUGCGUACCUUUUCCAUUGCCAUGAUGCAUAAUGUAUAUGUAGAACUUUGUCCUGUGCCAUGCCUCAGUUUAACUUGAUAAUUAGCUUAAUGUUUAGUCGAGGCAAAUGAUCUUUGUUCGGAAAUGAUCCGGCUUUGGUCUCAUACAUAAAAAUAAGCCUUAAUCCUUCAAAUAGUUUUUUUUUUGUUUUGUUUUCGACUAGUUUCAGAUCAGUUGGAAGUCGAGUAGUAGGACGGGAAAGCCCGGGGGGGGGGACCGCCAUAUAUGCAUAUAUGGGCUAUAUAGGUAUGUGCCGCUGUGAAGGGUAUGGUUUUCAAGCAGUUUACUCUAGGAAUGAAAGGGUAUAUAAAUCAGAGUGUUUGGGUCUAGAAUAGGGUAUCAUUUUUCAGGAAACUGAUCAGUUGGUUGGAGAUUUUAUCUAAACUAGGGAUUGUGGUAUAAGGUUUUGUUUUAUUGGCUAGACUGAGUCAGUGACCUCAGUAGUUUCUGGAAAACAGCUGCUUUAGGAUAGGGGGAUUUAGGGAGUUUACUCUAGUAUAGGGUAGCAAAAUUCGGCUGAACUAGCUCUGGUAUAGGUUAACGGUUCCAGGGUCCCAGCGGCACAUCCCCACCCAGAAAUUCCUAAAGUACUCCCCUCCCCCCCGGGCGGGAAAGAUACGGCCCCCCCCCCCCGGGCGGGAAAGAUACGGAUAGGAAAUGUUCACACCCUUUGCUAAUCUUUGUCAACAUUCCCCACUUUUUUCAAAGAUCGAAUAUUUUUAUACGGUAAUUAACAUCCAAUUCGUUUUUAUGCAGCUGGCCAAAUUGCUCCAUCUUCAUCGUCUGAGUAUUAUGCACCAUCUAGUUCGUAUGCGCUUCCACCUCCUUUGGACUUCCAGUUUCAUGUGCCAGCGGAUUGUGAUCAAAUCUGCACCAACACUCAAGGCAGCUAUAGCUGUUCUUGUGUCAGUGGUUAUCGACUGUCUUCCGAUGGAAAAUCCUGUUUAGGUGAGGUCCCACUUUAAAAAUGGAAGUGCUCAAAUCAUCUGAGAUAGUUCAAAGAACCAAACCUUUCAAAGAGUUCAAAGAUACAAUCCUUUGUUUACACAACUUGAAUUCACAAAAUAGUUUUCCACGAAUAAAAUACUAGGUUUCUACUUCUUGUACAUUUUGGCUGGUACUUAAAUUUAACUGUCAGCUUGAAGCAUUUAUGGCUUUUUUGGUUGAGAUUUGGUUUGACAUUAAACGUACUCUUCAUAGAUAUUGACGAAUGUUCUACGAACAAUGGUGGCUGUAGCCAUCAUUGCUACAAUAUUCCUGGAUCAUUUUAUUGUGGAUGCCCUCAAGGUACAACAAUGGCCAGCAAUAAUUUGACUUGUGUUGGUAAGUUUGGUCGCGUUUCAUAACGUGCAAAUUAAUAGGCCAUUUGCAAGAUGAGAUCAUUUUACUACUACGACCAGAAUCCUUCAGGAUUUUGCUUUCUUGUGUAAAUUAGCGCUUUUGUUAAUUAAACCUCACUGGAAUUACUAAAUCUGAGUGUGAAAGGAAAAACGUAAUGGAUUUUAUUCGAAGUAGUAAAAUUGUCGCCAUGUUCAGGCCAAAUUUUUAAUUAAAAAAAAGUGCAAACUAGCGUAUUCUGCGAAGAUAUUUUCUGCAACGAGAUUUAUCUUGAUGCCUUGUUCAUUUUAGAACCCGGCGUUUCAGUUGCAUGUGACGAGAACAACAUGACCAUUUCUUUGGAGAAGCAAACAUUUCCAUUUUUGAACGUCAGCAGUUUACAUCUACGUUAUGUUUCAUGCAGGUAGUGUAUAAUUUUAGUACUGAAUACAAGAGCUCAUGAGUCGAUUUCUAAAAGGCUGAUUAGCGCUAAUCCGGGAUUAAAUUUUUUGUUCUGUAUUUUACCUUGCUAUGUAUUGCUUUGUGUUAUCAUUACUCAGUAUCUCGGAGUAAAGGCUAAUCAAUAUUUUGUAACGUCGAGUGGCAUGUUCUUAGACAAAAAACAUGGCUUGAAAUUUGGCUUCAUCCUGGGUGAAACUUAACCAUCUUUUAAGGAACUGGGCCCAGCACUGAAUGUACCGCCACCCGCACAGUUCAGUUGGGCGAGCGCCUGUCUGCCGGGCGGCAGGUGGUGGGUUCCUCUGACCAACUACGAGAGUCUUUUAGAACACUGGUGGUAAGAUCACGCUACCUGUGAAUAUAGCAGAUCUUGUCUCUGUUCAGAUGUUCGCCUCAUAAGAUGUGACGGUUAGCCUUGUCUCCUUCAUCCUUCUUUCAUUGGUGAAAUCAUAUUAAGGGGUCAUAAAUGACCCACACUAGUCUCUUGUUGGAAAGAAUAGAGAAUUUUCCUGGUGGUAUGGUCAAGGUGUGGCCAACCUUCAUAUCAUGGGCUGGGUGGGUUACAGUAGGGAGCUUAAGCUACAACGACGGCGACGGCUACGAAAACGUCACUUAAAAAGUGAAUUCGCGCUUAUUCCAUCUCGUUUAGUUCGUCGACCGGAAGCAAGCCCCUUCCUCUUUUAAUUUGCCAUGAUGCUUCCAAAUUUGUAUUGGUAAGCGUUUACAGUCUCAUAAAGACGAUUUGACCGAAACUCUGGGCAAAAUCACAGCCCAAAAAUGAAAACAGUCCAGUUGACGUGCGUCGCUCAAAAACGUCUUUGUUUAAGCUCACUAAUAUGGUAUGCUGACGUCCGACCUUACUGUUAACAUACCGUAAACCCCCUAUCAAGCUCCCUCUCUCUAAUAAGCCCCCCUACCGUCCCCCUAAUUAUUAUUCACUAAUAAACGAUAGGCUGUUUUAAUCAAUCAAAACUGUAAAACUUCAUUGGGACUGAUCCAAUAUGGUUUAUUCACCAACUGGAAGUUAGGAUUUUUUUUUGAUCCUCGGCUGCGUGACCUACAGCUGCACAACGUCUUGUACUUGAGCUUUUCCACUUUGUAUUCUAGUUCGUUAUGGAGAACUGAUACUAAAUUAAAUACGUACCCCAUCUCUAUUAAGCCCCCCACCCUCCUCAAAUGUGUUUGAAAUUAAUAAGCCCCACUGGGGGCUUAAUUGAGGAUUUACGGUAAGUACGAUGAGUAUGAUCGUCCGGGUGAACGUAGUCCUGAAUAGGACUGUUGGUGACAGUAGGGAACUUAAGAACCACGACGACGGCUUGGUCGACGACGACCGGAAGUGAGUUACACUGUACUGCGCAAGCGCGACUAGUAAAUUUCGUCGUCGUGGUGUCGUCGACGACGCCAAACAAAGUAGAAUCACGUCGUCCUGCAAUCCACGAGCUUCGGCAGGUAUAAAUCCACUGUUUUAAGCAAUUUUUGAAGGCCUUUGCAUUUUCUUGUCCUCCUAAAUCAAGGUAUCGUUCCUAUUUUCUCCAAACGAGCAAUGUUGAUUGAAAAUUCGACAAAUGAAUUGAUUUUACUUUGAAGAAUGACAACUGCUGAGGAGGCCGAGCGAGCGAACUCGUAAGUGAAUUGUGAUAAAUUUAUUUGUACGUAUUUAGGUAAGGCAAAUCAUAUAUCUUUAAUAUAGAGGAAAUAAACUUUAUAUGGAAAACAGCUAUCACAUCAGAAUGUCUCUUUUUCGAGAUCUAAAAUCUGACGGACACUCGGACUAGGCUAUCUCAUUCAAGUUGAAAGUUGAAUAAUUUCGUACGGAAAGUAGGUGUAUUUCCACUCGAAAAAGUCAGACAACACAAGAAAUUUUUCAUCGCCAAUGAAGUUAGACGUACGGCUUGAACAAAUAAGAUCUUGCGUUGUUAUGAAAGACGCCAUUGCGAAAAACUUUGUUGCGAACGAACAUGACAGUUUUACAUCUGUGUUUACAUUCAGUGUCGUCGUCGUCGACCUACCGACCGACCGCAUCUUAACUUUCCUUUUUCCGGCCGAAACCGACGUUCUCGUUCCAGUCUUUUCCCAGUCAACAGACGUCGUCGUCGUGAACUUCGUCGUGGUUCUUAAGUUCCCUAAUGACUGACGUUUCGACGACCUAUGCGGUAGUCAUCUUCAGAGUUAAAGUAAGUUGUAUCAGAUUAGUUGAUGGGAUCAAACUCUGGUUAUUGACCUGAUUGGUGAAUUAAGCCGCGAUGUCAUUGGUCAUCUGUCAGUUAUGCCGUGAUGUUAUUGGCUAUGAAGACUCCUAAUGUCAUUGGUGCGUUUCGAUCCUUCUAUUGUCACAGUUUAAUUGUUACGUAUAGUCAAAUCGUCGGUUGUCCAGUCAUUCUCUUGUUUUCUUGUAGCUAGUUUUCCUUGAGUCCGUCAUGAACCGUUUUUAAGGUGCAGGUAACAGUUGACUAGGAUUCGGUGGCCUUUGUUCUAAGUUAGUAAACCAGUGAAUCGUUGAGAGUAGUUUGUAGAAUACGUAAUCAUGACAUGUCGCAGAUCUAGAGUCCCAGUCGAUUUGAUGUCUCGUCUGUAAAUGGUGUUGAGCAAUGUGAUUGUUGACGUCAUCAUUUAUUGUCGCUCGUUAGGCUAGCUAACAAGUCAGUCAGUUUUCAAUCCGUUUUUAUCUUCUUCAAGUUUUUCCAUCCGUGCCUGCUUUUUGUAUUUGCGUUGUUAUUAAUACCCAACCAUUACACAAAUAAAUAAUACAGUAAUAAAAGCUUUAUCCAAUUAUAUGUUUACAUUUUAUUUAUUUUGUUUCUACUUCUUGUCUUUAGAGCUACAGAGAAUUCUACACACGUCUUACUCAGCACCCCUUUAAAUUCCUGCGGAACACUGGUGAAUGAAACAAAAGACGCAUUAAUCUUCUGGAAUGAAGUCCAAGCAGAUUCUGUGAUUGUUGACAAUGUCAUCAGUCGGACACACGAUAUCAAAUUUAAAUUUUACUGCAGCUAUUCCAGAAAGAAGAUGCUAAGCAUUCAAUUUCAACCCAAGCAUAUUUUCAUUGGAUCAGAAGGUUCUUUGAUUAUACAUGUACUUUAUUCAUUUUUUUUCUCUCAACAAGAAAUAUUGAAAUUGAAAUUUUAGACACACUUUUUUCCCCUCUAUUUCAGUUCAAGGACAAUUUUAAGCCUUCACGUACAAGUCAUUAAGCUUACUUACUGCUUACAUGUCACGUGAUUUACAAGAUCAAUGUUUUCAUGAAUCUGUUCACGAUAAAUGGUGUUUACGCAAAGGCGUUUGGCAAACUGAAGUUGGCACUGCCUAAACUCCGUUUAUGCAACUAGGUCCUCUGUGUUUCAAGUAAAGUUCGGUGGAUGAUUCAGAGUGCAUGCACGACGGGUCGGUUGAUCAGUCUUUUAGUCAGCUCAAUCCCCUGAAAAAGGAUAAUUUAAUUCUAUUCCGGCACCGUCAUAAGUCUACCCUGAAGUCAUCAGAUCAUUGAACUUACCUAAGACAAAACUCACGUCUUUCCCUUCACAAAGAUGAAAAUAUUCGACCGUGCCUUUAAACUGAGCGAGAGAAUAGGGCCACAUUGACCAUACCCAGAAAACUGUCAAUGUCCAAAGGAUUUUUGACGGAGUUUCUAUUUCCAAACCAAAAAGAAGGCUGAUCUUAAUUAUAUUGUGCUUCCUUUCUUAGCUGGAUAUGGGAAUUUCACUUUCAAAAUGGACUUUUACAAGACUGCAGCAUUUGCCACUCCCUAUGCGGAGAACGACUACCCUAUAUUGGUCGCGUUAAAUGAGUAUCUUUACGUAAAGUACAGUGUGGAGUCCAGCGCUAACCUGGUGAUCAUGGCCGAAAACUGCAAAGCCACAAAAAAAGGAAGUUUCUAUUCCUGGCCUUACUAUACCAUUAUACAGAAUGGGUGAGUAUAACAUACAUUCAGGAUCUAGGCUAAAAGUCUUCCCUCAUUUUCCUCGGGGAAAGUUGAGAGGGCGAGGUAGGCGUGAAAAUUGCCUCGCGCGGAAGAUGCGAGACGCGUGUCACAGGUUAGGGAUUUUCACGAACGCUCGCCUAUUUUGCUUAAUCUAGUUACUUAACCGCGGAGGAACAGAAGGGAAUACCCGUAGUUUAUUCCUGAAUAAGAAGAAAGGAAAACGUCUGUUCGAAUGAGUUUAUAUUUCCAUAAUUUUAUCAUCUCCAUUCACCUUGACUCUUAGGCAAGAUUUACGUCGUUUUCCCCAGGUCUUGCUGUUCCUCCACUAUUGCCUGUAUUGCGGGCUCGAUUCCCUGAACUGUCCCUGGCCUGGUAAUCGAGCUUAUACUUGAUCAUCAUUUAAAGAGCUCAUGAAGUUUGAUAUCGUAUCAUCAUUAACAACUGCUAGCUCGUAUUUACGAGAAUUUUGCAUCGGCGCAGCACUAGAGUAGCCUUUGCGACGGAGUUAAUUUUCAUCUUCAAGUAGAGCUUAAUCUUGAUGGGAUAAUUUUGAGAAGAGGAACGCUCAGAAACAUCCAUAGUAUAAAACUAAAACACGUUUCUGUUUUUAAACAUUACACACUAGUUGCGAGCGAGAUACAACUAUGGAGUACACGUUUAAUCCAUCAGGGAGUUCUCAGCAGUUUAAAAUUAGAACGUUCAGGUUCUUCAACGACUAUGACGUUGUUUACUUCCACUGCGAGUUGUUGGCUUGUUACAGAUACAAUUUUAAUUCCAGGUAUGUCUAUAGUAAACCCUCCCUGUUACACCGAAGGAGCAAUACUUAAUCUGCGAACACCGAAUUGAAUGAUAUUUUUAUUCCAUUCUUGCUUUUUAUUGCAAUGCAAUAAAAUUGCAAUUUCAACUGAAAUGUUCUUGCUGUAUUUAGCAUAUCUUAAAGCUCAUAAGCAUGGUACACAGAUAACUACAUUUGCAAGACCCUGAAUAUCUACAAGUAAAAUGUUAAUCGAAAUAACAUAUUAGCUUAAAAAGACUGGCGAUCUCCACUCUUUAUGAUAGUUUCACGACGGUUGCUUCAAUCCUACAUGUCUUGCCGCCAGUGAGAUUUGCACCAUAUCAGAGAUGCUAACGGCUCUGGUGAUCUAAAAUCUGGAUACUCUCUAUUUAACAAUUAUUCCACGAGUGCGCCUUAGACAUGAGAUGGUAGAUGGCCAACAAGCGCGAGUGGAACAAUUGUUCAGUUUAUUAAAACAUCCGCAAAAUAUCGAGAAUUCUUCCCUACUAUAUUUGUAAAACCCACCAAUUUUCAGCUUGUUUUUAAUUUUGAGCAGACGUGUAAAGUUGCCAUAUUUGGAAAUCAUGGUAUAAUGGCUCGUAUACAUGUAUACCAUGAUGGCUAAGCCAAUCAGAGCUCUAGCGUGCAUUAUCCAAUGAUUCAGUUUUUAACAAUUUGUAUUAUCCCCGGCCCAGUAUCAUUAUCCCAAAAAAACCGUCUUACGAAUAAAAAAAUCGAAUUUUAGGGGUGAAUGGGCAAAACUCCAAACUAGAGCAUAGAAAAGCUCAAAUGUCGAUUUUGUCCGGGAGAUUGGUGCCGUAUCCGGGAAACCCCAGAAAAUCCUGAAGAGUUGGCGCAAUAAUUAUGCAAUAUGAAAGCGGUUGACAAAAGCAAAGUAAGACACUUUGUAAGCCAAAGGUUUUGUUUACAGAUGCAGCAGGGGUUGUUUAAGUAGCAAAAGGAGAAAGAAACGGGACGCAGUUGAGGAGGAAAGUACAAGCAGACAUAUUCUCUCCAGCGGCCCAAUUAUCAUCAAGAAGACGGAGACGAAGAUAGAAAAACGUGACGCAGGAGGUAGGCCGCACAGACAACUGAGGGUGUGCUCGAUGGACCGUAUCCUGGACUAAGAAUGAAUGAAAUAGACUCUAGAAAUCACUUAGUUUGGCUUUCAUUGCAUUCUUAAUUAAAUAGGCUUUGAUAGAUUGUGCUCGGAAAAGUAACUGUGCUCGUAUAUUUUUAAAAUUAUGCCAAUAAUUAUGCUAGUUUUUGUAAAUUAUGCACUUUUUUGCAAAGUAUGCAGAAAUAAUGCCUCUAUUUUUUAACUUUUAAUUUGCUAAAAAUACCCUAAUAACUAUGCAAAUAACAAGUAAAAGGUAAACACAUUUACUUUCUUUACAUCCAGAAACAUUACGAGUUACAUAACUCAUUUUCUGAAAACUGUUAAAAGUCCCGAACCAGUCCUAGGGGAGUUGAACACUUUUCUGUUUUGUCGCAGGAAUUUGCAUAAUUGCUGGCCACUUUAGUGAAUACAAUACACACUCUAUAUCCGUCUGCCACUUAUAAUAGCUUUCCCUUCUCUUUCCUGUUACCUUAAGACUUGUCUAACUAUGGAGGUUUAUUUUUUUCCUUUGUGAUAGAUACUGGGAAAAGCCAACAAACUGCUUUGAUUGGUGGUGCAGCGGCCGUGGGGGGACUGGCCCUGAUUGCUAUCAUAGCCUUGGCUGUUUUAGCUGCUAAAUACCGCAUUGCACGAAUAUUCAUGAACAGGAACAAGGUCGGAGACUUGUACACUACCCAAGAUGAACAGAUGAGUCGACGAAAUGCCUACAUCCAAGAAGAUGACAUGAUCGAAAAGGAAGACUCCUUUUAAAUUGCAUCCUUACGUUGAACACUUAUCUCGUACCCAGAUCCCUUGUCCACAAGACAUCUGGGUACGAGAUUAGUUGGGCACAUAACAAGUCCCGGGGAACUCCCAUAUAAAAGUGACGGGGAUGCUCGUCACAAAAUUAAAAUUAAACCUCUAAGGGAGAUCAAUGUGGGUGUGGCUAGAAAUUAAACUGGCCCCUAAUGGAGACCAUGCUGAAACGGACAUGACAUCGUAAAUUUCUGCAUGUACAGUACAGCCCUAAUACAAAUGAUACCUGAAUGGGCAAAUAUGGUGACUUUCCGUCCCAAAAACCCGAAGUGAGACCUAACGCUACAAUUUAAAUCCCUUGCUAAGCGAGACGGCAAGGAUCUCCGUUACUUUCAUAAUUAUAAUCCCUCCCGGGCAAUAAGUGAUGCAAUAGUAGAUGUAAAUGAUUCUUUGAUUCUUGUUUUCAGAAGACAAUAGAGCAUAGUCAACUAAUUAACUUCCUUCAGAAUACGAUUAACAUAAGGAGAAGAGCUAAGUGUCUCCAAAUUACGCCGACAUAUCCAUACAAGAGAUCGAGGCAGGAGUUUUAAGAAGCCGCUUUUUAUUAUACUACUUAUACUCGAACCUUGACAAAAUGGCUGUCUGUACCACAGCUCUAGAUAUCAUGUGGACACAGUGAAGGUUCUGCUAUGAUCACCGAGUUCAUAUUUAUAGUGUAGUAGGUUUUAAGAUCGGGGUAGGAUGCGUUUGAAUCCGGAGGCAGAACUUAUAUUGCAGCUUAAGUCAAGUUCAUAGUUUUGUUUACUUAUAUUUACUUAAGUUUGUGUUUUAUGACGCUCUUUAAAGUUUUAACUUACUCAAUGGAUGCCUGGCCUGGGAAAAAACAGCAACUCCCCAGCAAAUAAAGCCAUUUAGCGUGCCAAACCCAAGCAGCUACAACCACUAAAUCGUAACAAAAUGCGUUUUCUUUCGUAAUGCAUGCUGCUCGCUCCCCAGUAUGGCUGAAAGUGUAAGCACCAAUAGGAACCUUCAGUGUGAAGUAGAUAGUUUCCAUUUUCUUUCCGCGAGGUCUUGUGUCGUUAUUUUGACACUGUUAAGACAUCUCAAGAGAUGGGAAACGGCACAGAGAGAAACUUUUAGGGCGUCAACCAGGAUGUGCAAAUUUCACUCAAGUUAUUUUUAGUGGGUUUGAAACGCCAUCAAGGCCUUGCGCAACUGCCUCAAAGCAAACAAUGCAGAAUGUUGUAAUGGCACCUGUUCAGUUCUCUCGACAACAUUGAAAAAAGGUUUGCGGACCUCUCCGGAAACCAACUUCCGAUUUAUUCAAAACGUUUAAUCGGUCUAAGAAUAGCUUUGGUGAAAUUCACCCAUCGCGGGCUUGACUGGGCGUUUCCCGCUCUGUUCCAUUAAAACCCAAACGUUUUCAUUACUGACUUUUAGUAACUGCGUGUAAACUGUCUCUAGGAAAUGUUUAUCAAGUGCAGUGUAAUAGUUUUUAAUUAGACGCCUGUGUUCAUGCUGUUUGAUCAGUGGUCAUUAUUUUCAUUGCUUCGUCGGUGUGGCCAGCAGUAGUAGUAAGAUUCCAGUAGCGCACAAGAGCCUUGAAAAGCCAAUAAAAUGUUUUUGUAUCAUUGCUUAUCUACAUUUUUAGGUACUAAGUGUGAUAACCCAGGCAGGUUCGUUUAGGACUUCGUCGCUCAAGAUAUCUGCACAGGGGGGUGCAAAUUCUGUGACCGUACGCGUUGGGAUCAACGGGAGUAUCGAAAAACUUCACAUAAUCGUUACAUACAUGUACUGCCACGAAUGCUCACAUACAGACCAAUAUAAUCGUUUUUUAUCUGUAAUGUUGUGUAUUGUCGUUCUUGCAGUUGAAAACGGGGAAUUUUUAACUAGCGAUUUGAAAAGUGUACGUUCGACGCUUUGAUAGCUAAACGAAAAAACAAAGCAUUUCAGCCAGGUAAAAAACAAACAAACAAACAAACAAAAUUACAAAGGCUGAGGCUAGGGGUGUGUGUUGGAGGUUUGCCCAGCGGACAUACGGCUUUUCCAGACCAAUAACUAAAAAUAAUUUAUAAGCGUG